UUGUUAUAGUAUAAAAACACAAUGUCUGUCAGGGGGUUGAGGCAACUCAAUAUCCGCUAAGCUAGCUGCUAAGCUAACGGCUAACGCUAGCCGCUCGUUAGCCGGGUUAGCUUGUGUUAGCUCGUACCACAGCAGGGCAUUUCCUGUUCACUAAACACGGCCCUUUAGACCGAGUCUGGUGUCUAGGUCUGGAUGGGUCACUCCAUCUGGCAGUACACCGAUCUCUGACAGUAGGACAGGUUUCCAACGGAUCGUAGUAUGACGAGUUAGUUGGCUAACAAUCGUAACUGACAGGACGACUGACUAGCUAGUUAAAAGUCUGUCGCUAGCCGACCGUUGGGUGCACCGACAGAAGGCAUUCCCAACCCUACCAGCCCCACAAGUCCCAACCAAAGAGCCAGUCGGGCAGUGUUCACCGUUACGACAAGGUGCGUGAUGGUUCGUCAGAGCCCACUCCGCCCUACAAGAUGCUGCGGCGCUCAGACGAGAGUCCCGUCAGUCGGCCCGGGGACGGCACCGUGGGGGGCCAUGGCAGGGCCAAAACUACACACACACUCGGUGGAAAGAAUGGGACCAGCGGAUCUCCACAAGAGAACCCUCACAACAAUAAUGGCGCCCAGCACAGCUCAGACUCGCAGGCCCCUCAGAGCAGACCCACAGAACGGCGCCAAGAGCCGGCUGACGAUUGGACAGAGCACAUCAGCUCCUCUGGGAAGAAGUACUACUACAACUGUAGAACGGAGGUGUCCCAGUGGGAGAAGCCCCGGGACCUGCUGGAGAGAGAACAACGGCAGAAGGACUCUUCCAAGACGACCAACAGCUUCCCAAGGGACAUGGACUACAGACAAGAGGCCUUGCAGGACAAAGCCACAGCUAAGAGCACCUCCGGGGACCAGCCUACCGGGCCCAACAACACAGCCUCCCACUCCUCCUCCUCCGCUCCGUCAGCCUCUCAGAGCUUGAGCUCCGCCCUCCCCUCCACCCUCCCCUCCUCAUCCGCCACCUCCUCCUCCUCCACCUCCUCCUCCUCCGCGUCGUCGGCGGCGGUGCAGGCCCAGUCCUCGGCGCUGCUCCAGGACCCAGCCAUCCUGCACCAGCUGCUGCCAGCGCUGCAGGCCACCCUGCAGAUGACCAACGGCAGUGUGGACAUGGCCAAGAUCAACGAGGUCCUGGCGGCCGCUGUGACCCAGGCUUCCUUGCGGUCAAUGCUUCACAAGCUGCUGGCCGCCGGGCCGUCGGGCUACAAUGUGACCGCUCUGCUGUCCCAGGCCGCCGCCGCCGCCCAGCACUCCAGUCAAGCCCAGCAGUCGAGUCAGUCACCAGUGUCCCUGUCGUCGGACACGCCCUCGCCGCGGCCGUACAGCUCGCCAAGGAGCACCUCCACACAGUCCAGUGCCUCUGCGGGCCAGAAGCCUAUGACGGGAGGCGGCUCCGCUAGCUCCGCCCCCUCCCAGAGCAGGCAGGGGAACACGUCUUCAGGUAAAUCUGGAGCAGCUCUCAUGUCCCAGUCCUCCGUGGAGAAACGCCCUGAGGACCCCAGAACGCUCCAACUGAGAAGCCAGGAGAAUCCGUCCCCUGGACCAAACGCAUGUGGAGCCGGCAUGGCGGCCGCCUCCUCCACCUCCUCUUGUGGGGCCAGCCAAUCACAGCCCAGCGCCCCGGGCUCCUUCACCCCCUCCCUGGCCACCCACUUUGAUGAGAACCUCAUCAGGCAUGUCCAGGGGUGGCCGGGCGAACACACAGAGAAGCAGGCGGCUAGGCUGCGCGAGGACUUCCACAACAUGGGGAGCUUGUACAUGUCUGAGAUCUGCACCGAGCUGAAGAACCUGCGCUCUCUGGUCAGGGUGUGUGAGAUCCAGGCCACGCUGAGGGAGCAGAGGAUCUUGUUCCUGAGGCAGCAGAGCAAAGAGCUGGACAAGCUGAAGAACCAGAACUCCUACAUGGUCUGAGGACGGCGAGAUGGAGAUGGUUUUAUAUAAAGGGACAGAGAGGGGAUGACGAAGGAGGGGGAGUGCUGUAGGCUCUGAUGCUGCCAGCGGAGUGGAUGGAGGCCCAGAAGACCAGCGUCGAACCCAACGAGGGGAAGCCCCCCCUGGAUGGAAGGAGAUUCCCCCCUUUACUAUGGUGUUGUCUGGGGAGACAGCACCUGGUCUUGGAAAGGUUCUCCAUUCGGUAACAUAACGGCAAAAAAAGAAAAAUACAAAAUGUCCUGACGUCUUGAGGUGUCAACUGGGCGGAACGCAGAAGAUGUUUGACUUGUAGGAUGCGUCUGCUCUGACAAAGCCUUUCUCAAGCCCCUGAGAAACUCUUUCAAAUAGCACCUUUCUGGACUGUGAACUGUUGGAUUUCUGUUUUUAUUGUGCAGGUUAACCGUUUCUUUCUUCUGGUGUUUCACAUGUAGUUGUGUGAGCAAACAAGAUCGUCUUUACGUCCCCCCCAAAGGAAAAAAAUUAAAUUGAAUAACUUAAAAGUA